UUUAGUGAGAAAACCCAUUGACCGACCAAAUCAAAAAAACAUCGAGGGGGUGGGUGAGAGAAUGGCUCGAAACGACUCGCGAUCUAGGUCGCCGUCUCACCGCCGACGAUACUCUCGCUCGCCUGUCACUCAUCGUAACAGCCGUCGUACCAGACGCGACCGGAGCCGGUCUCCCUAUCAAUCAAGGCACAAGAAGAGCAGAUCUCCUACACCGAGGCAACGCCAAAGGGAUAGAAGUAGUUCAUCGGAGCAUAAGAUUGCGAUUGAAGUGAAGAAAGAACAGGAAGACAAGGCUAGAUUGCAGCAUGAGGCUGAGCUCAAACGACUAGAAGAAGAGACUGCACGACGGAUCGAGGAAGCAGUGAGGAAAAAUGUGGAGGAAAGGAUGAAAACGGAAGAAGUUAAAGAAGAAAUAGAAAGGAGGACAAAGGAAGCCUAUGAAAAGAUGUUUUUUGAUGUGGAAAUACAGCUGAAGAAAGAAAAGGAAGCUGCUCUAAACGAGGCAAGAAGAAAGGAAGAACAAGCUCGGAGAGAAAGAGAAGAGCUGGAUAAGAUGUUAGAAGAAAAUAGUAGGAGGGUUGAAGAAUCUCAGAGGAGAGAAGCAAUGGAACUACAACGUAAAGAAGAGGAAAGGUAUCGGGAAUUGGAGCUGUUGCAGAGACAGAAGGAGGAGGCUGCAAGGAGGAAAAAACUGGAAGAAGAAGAAGAAGAGAUUAGAAAUUCCAGAAAGUUAUCAAAUGGAAACAGAUCACGAUCCAAGUUGCAUUUCUGAAUGGGUUUAUAAUUAAGGAAACAUUGAUUGAUGAGAGUCAACAAGUCUGAAGAAGCUUUUUAACUAAUGAAUAUCAGAGAGUAUAGUAUAGAAAGAUACAGUUGAGUCGAACCGUAUCUUGCUGACCCUUACUAGAGCUUUGUUGUUUCACUAUGUUGUUUAUCAUUGGAUAACUUGUUUAUCAUUGGAUAACAAAGCAAUUCCCGUUGGAUUAGUUUAUCCUAGCACCUUUCACUUUCACUAUGUACUCGGUGUUAAUUCUUUUA